GCAACCGUUCCCAAUAACCCGGAAGUAAAUGGUCGUAGACACCGGAUGUACCUUCAAAACACACGCGGGAGUGGAGAAAAGAAGACAAAAAUGGCGGGUAUGAGCUUACUGAAGAACAAAUUUGAGUCGUACAAGUGUUCAGCAAAUGAUGUCAUCCACUUUAAACUUGUACGUCAAGAAUCAGACAUAUUUAGCGAAACGACAACAUUCAAACCUGAGAUGACCCACCAGCUGUUUGGGGAUCAAGAGAGUAUAUUUGGCUACAAGGACCUUGUGGUAGAGAUGUUUUACAGCGCCUGCAGACUCUCAACCUAUAUCAGCAUGAAGUACAGCGAGAAACUGACUCCAGACAAGAUAGUGGAUAGUGCUGCUAUUUCCUUGCCACCACCAGACAAUGUUCUGCCAACCCUCACCAAGGAGCUUCCCCCUGGGUUCUACACCAGCAGGGAUGAAUUCAUCACUUCCCUGGCCAAAGAUGCCAACUUCAAACCUUAUGGAGAGAAACUGCAUUCGUACACAGUCAAUAAAGACAAUGUUGAACGUGAGUUUGAGAUAUACAAGACUGACAUAGAAGCACCUGGUUUCCGAGACUUCCAUGACAGACUCCAGACAUUCAUCCUCUUCUUCAUUGAUGCAGCAUCUUACAUCGAUGUUGACGAUGACAGAUGGACCUACUAUCUUCUAUUCGAGAAAUACAAAACCAAUGGGAACCCUAUGUAUGCCAUUGUCGGGUACAUGACAGUGUAUAAAUAUUAUGCUUAUCCAGAAAAGAUUCGUCCAAGAAUCAGCCAAGUGUUGAUCCUGCCGCCGUUCCAGAAGCAAGGUCAUGGUGCUCAGCUUCUCCAAACCUUCUACAACAGCUGCUACUCAAGCUCCAACGUGCUGGAUAUAACAGUUGAAGACCCCUCUGAGAACUUUCAGAGAUUGCGUGACUUUGUUGAUGUCAAGAACUGCAUGGAGCUGACCAGCUUUGAGCCAGACAGGUUGUAUCUUGGAUUCUCAGAGGACAUGGUGAUUGAGGCGCAGAAGAAACUCAAACUCUCUCGGCGUCAGACACGGCGAGUAUACGAGAUGCUGCGACUCCGAGCCACGGACCCAAGUAACACAGAGAUGUACAGACAGUACAGGCUGGACAUCAAGAGGCGACUCAAUGCACCCUUCCAGAAGAAUGGGCGUGACUUCAAGAAGCUGGAGAAAGCUCUGCAGCCCGAGGAGUUGUCCCAGACGCUGAGUUGCAUGUCCCUAGAGCAGCGCCACCUGUACCUGGAGAAGACCUUCCAGGACCACGUGGACGUCUACCGCCACAUCCUCGACCGAGUCACCACUGCCUCAUGACGGUGGAAACACAUGCCUCCAGCACACAGUGUCUAACUUAUUUGUGGACUCGACCUCUAUCAACAUUCUUUGUGCAGAAUGUGUUGAAAUUAUUCCACCAGGUGUGAUAGAAGUGAACAAGCUGUACAGGGACGAAGGUGUUGGUGGCUGCUCAUGGACUGUCAAGUGGCAGGGGGUGGUGAAUGGCAAGUCCAUUUAAACAGUGUCAGGACAGAGUACAGUUAUUAUUAUUUUCUGACAUGGAAUUAUUUUUGUAGACAUCUUUGUAGAAAGGCAAGGAGAGGCGACUGUACAUUUUGUGACCAAUUAAAUCCAGAAAUGUUACAAAAUAUGAAUUCUCGCAGACAUUCUCAAGGGUUCCCUGUUCUAAGGAAUGUUAAGAGUGCUCCCACUGUUAAUCACUAGGGCUGUGUAUUGACCUGGAUUUUGUAUUGCAAUAUAUUGCCAUACUUUAACCUGUAUUGCAAUAUAUUACCAAUUUACAUUUCCAUGAGUUAAUCAGAGUUAUACCCUGUAAUGUCAGAUACCAUCAGUCAGUUAUAUGCAUGUACUCUAGGGAGCUCUGCGAACAGGCUAUCGUUGUGAAGAGCUUGAUAAACGCGAUGUGUGCACGCUAAUUGAUAAAAAGAUCGUCACAGGCAAGUUGUAUCAGAAAGAUACUAUUUCCCAUCUCCAUAUUGAUUAGGAACACAUAAAUAUACUUAUUUAUGUUUGCCCCAAUAUAUUGCUACAUUUACAAACGUAUUGCAAUAGGUAUUGCUGAAGAUUUGCACCACAAUAUACUGGUGUAUGGGUAAUACCACACACCCAUGAUCACCUAUGAAUGUUCAGAAUGCUCCCACUGUUAAUCUCCCAUAAAUGUCCAGACUGCUCCCACUGUUAAUCUCCCAUAAAUGUCCAGACUGCUCCCACUGUUAAUCUCCCAUAAAUGUCCAGACUGCUCCCACUGUUAAUUUACCAUAAAUGUUCAGACUGCUCCAACUGUUAAUCUCCCAAUCUUUAUACAUGAGCAUAUUCCGACAACAGUUGGAGCACUGGGGUCCUGUUUACUGGGACAGGUCUGCAGCUCAGGUGACUAUGUAACGUUCAGUACCAUUGGUGGUACUUUUUGCUCUGCCUUUUCUGAAUAACUUAUUAUGACAUCACCAGUACCACAGGGCAGUUUGUUGGAGGAUUGUUUAAUUAUUGGUCAGCUGGACUUGAGUCUGAGUCUUCAAAUCGCACAAACUUUACUGCUGUUUACUGAUAGCCUUGUGCAUAGUUGGCUUAAGACUCUUUGAUGUAUAUCUUUGUGUAUAUAUGUCCAUAUGUUCAAAUAAAUCCAUUUGGAUAAAGUACUAA